GACACGAUUGCGUUUGCGUGUGUGUGCGAGCACUGUAGAGUGUAGGUAGAUACAGCACCUGUCAUCUGUGGUGCUGACUGCUGUGUGGUGCAUGGGGCUAGAGAGUGGAAGCCAAGAGUUUUCAUCCCUGAGAGACCGGAAAUAUCAGAACUUGGAAUUAAAACGUGACAAAGCAAGAGGUCCGUAGUUGUCCGUGGUACGCAACGACUUGUUCUUUAACCAAGUUCUCACUCACGGGAUGGAGAGCGUAUCGAUGGAUGAUGUGGACUCACGGGGGCAAGAGGCGAUGCUGUCCGACAGUCCUAAUCAUGAUGCACCUGGUCCUGGGAUUGUGCAUUUCAGUUUUAACUUGGCGUCGGUGGAUUCGGGAGUGGAAACCGGAAACGAUUCGAAUGACAGCUCGAGCGUUCAGCAAGACGGCCAGCAACAGCAAGCUGCCGGCCGGGACCUCAGACGCGACGAUCAUAUGAUAAUGCAUAUGGACAUGAGCGAGUUGGCCGCUUUUAUGCACAGUUCUCUGUUCCUCCCGGGUGAGCCCAGACUGAGUCCCUUCAAGACCGAGAUCGAUAGGCUUUUGCAAAGGAAGAGGUUAUUCAAAACCAAGGUAUUUCCAACACUCGGAAAGCAAAAGAGUUGCCAGCUAUCUAAAGCCAGUGCUGUCUAUCGCCAUAAGAUGAGAGAACGUAUGUUUCGUACAUUGCACAAAGACAUGAUCCGCUUGUUCAGUGAUGUACAAAUUGAACGUGUUGAACAAAAGAUGCGGUUCGCUGCUACCACGAAUAAUGUGGAUCUGAUAAAAAAACUUUUGGACUUUGGCGUAUCGCCUAAUAAUCAAGAUGAACAUGGGCGAACUCCUCUCCAUAUUUCAGCGUGCAGAGGUUAUACAAAAAUAGUUAGUUUGCUAUUAGAAAACGGUGCAGACCCGAAUAAGCGUGACUGCAUAGGAAACACGCCGCUGCAUCUAGCUACGGUUAACAGCAAACUAUCGGUAGUGAUGCCGCUCUUAACCGCUGGUACUGACGUCCUCGCAUUAGACUCAUAUGGCUACAAUCCAUUGCAAUUAGCAAAAACGAAAUUGAGGAUGUUACAACGAAACUGUAACAAUGAGGAUAUGCUUAAAGUCAAGGAGGAGAUGCAUGAUUUGGCGUCCACACCGGCGGCCUUUCACGACAUAGUUUACGGCGACGUGUUGCAUGAUCUUACCAAGUCCGAGGGAGAUCCAGUUAUCAUAAAAUCAGAUGGCUAUCCCACUUACCAUUUUGCAAAUGUAGUCGAUGACCAUUUUUAUGGAAAUAUCUCAUGUCUUACGGGGCGUUGAAUGGCAAGUUUCUACACCUAAGCAUAUUAUGCUUUACAAGUAAGCUGUUUUACUUGAGAGAGAGAGAGAGAGGACAAUUAAAUUCUUACAAAAUUAGACUAGAAAUCUUGUCUAUCGUGCAGAGCGCUUGGCUGGAAUCCUCCCAUAUAUGGACACUUACCUUUUAAUAUUAAACGCGGAUGGAUCCAAGUUGUCCAAGAGACAGGGUGACAUCAAAAUCGAGUCAUUUAGGAAACAGGGUAUUUUUCCACUAGCGUUAUUGAAUUACGUGAUAGGGGCUGGUGGUGGUUUCCACAAAGAACGAGAAAACCAACAUCUUUACAGUUAUCAAACAUUAAUUAAACAGG